CGCAUUCGGUUCUAAGAAGAACCCUUCAUUCAUUUGUCACUCCUCGUCCACUUGUCAUCACCAGCAACAAACUCUCUCACUACACUACCCUUCUCUCUCUUCCUCUCAGUUCUUCAGCUGCAGGUACGUGUCGCUUGCCACAAGCUAUCAAAGGCGAUGUUGACAGCUUGCUUGGAGGAGUGAGAGACAAGGGUGCCAUUGAAGCUGUGAAGCAUAUCGUCGAAUUGGCAAGACGGGCAUCAUCUAGGAGAGAAGUCCUUCAUACUGAUUUUCUCACACCACCCAUCCUGAAUGAAUCUAUUAUAGUAUUGGGAAAGUUAGCUGACAUCAAAGCAGUGGCUCAGGGAGGAUACCCACAGGCUGAGCGUUGUCGGCUUUCAGUUGGGCAUCCACAAGCAUUUACAACCGAUCCAGAUAUUGUUGCGGCAUUAAGUAUCACAGGAAACUUUGGGUUUCACCCUUGUUCUCAUGGUGACUUCCUUGGCACAAUUCUUGGUACAGGGAUUGCUAGGGAGAAGUUGGGGGAUAUUAUCUUGCAGGGAGAAAGGGGAGCUCAGGUUCUUAUUGUUCCAGAACUUGUUGACUUCAUCACAGCAGCAUUGGACAAGGUUGGUAAUGUUCCGGUCACUUGUAAAAAGAUACCAUUGGUUGCUGUUGAAUAUGAGCCACCAAGAACUAAGAGUUUCAAAACCGUGGAAGCGUCACUGAGGGUUGAUGCAAUAGCCAGUGCAGGAUUCAGAAUUUCACGAACAAAGCUAGUUGAUUUAAUCAGUAACGGGGAUGUGCGGGUUAAUUGGACCACUGUCACAAAAAGUAAUACCACAAUCAAGACCGGAGAUAUCAUCUCAGUUAGCGGAAAAGGAAGACUGAAGAUAGGAGAAAUAAAUUCAACAAAGAAGGGAAAGUUUGCAGUAGAGCUAAUCCAAUAUUUAUAGAAGGCUUGGCACAGGGCAACACAAAAAGAUCAUUUUAUUUUAGUUUUGGAAGGUUAGUCUUCAGAUAUCAUAUAUUAGAUGCUAUUGUGCUUUAAAUUGCUUUUGCUUUUGUUUUUAAUGUGCUAAAUGGCUUAAAUCUGUUCACAUAUUGGUUAAAGCAGAGAUAUUGUCAAGUUCAUUGUUCGUGUAAAUUGCCAUAUGUUUAAAUUCCACGUUAUCGACUC